AGAAAAAACCUCACCUCCGCCAUUUAAAUAAUUGUGUUCUUCAGUGAUAAAUCGUUGGACGAGUCGUGCUUGGUGUUGAAUCUAAAUUACAAUCGUUUAUUCAAGUUAGUUCGGAAGUUAAUUUAGUUAAAAACAAUAUUUCACAAUGUCUGAUGAGAAAAAGGGAUCCGAAACUGAACACAUCAACUUGAAGGUAUUGGGACAAGACAAUGCCGUAGUACAAUUCAAAAUCAAAAAGCAUACUCCACUGCGAAAACUGAUGAACGCUUAUUGUGAUCGAGCGGGUCUGUCUAUGCAAGUGGUACGGUUUCGAUUCGAUGGACAACCCAUUAACGAGAACGAUACACCAACUUCACUUGAAAUGGAAGAAGGCGACACGAUCGAAGUCUACCAACAGCAGACGGGUGGUGGCCUAAAUUAAGACCGAAGAUAUAACAAUAUUAUUAAAACUAAAAAAUAAAACAAAAAAAAACUAUUCCUCUUUAAUACAAUAAAAAGAAAACAAAAUUAAUAUUUAAAAAAAAAAUGAACAGAAUAUCAUUCUUUUAAUCUUAAUUUUAUUACUUUAUAAUUAUGUAUGUUAGAACAAAGCAAAACAAAAACAAAAAUGACAAACAUACCCAGUCCAUUAAACUACAGUUCUCUCGCUCAAAAACACACAUUUCAAAAACAGCUACUUGUACUGAUCCAGAAGCGAUAAAGGAACAACACUUAGACCUUAGAGUAUGCAACAUAAAUGUAAACAAAAAUACACCAUAAUAAUUAAUAAUGAAAAAAUAAGAAAAACAAAAUGUAUGUGUAAAAGUUUUCAAAUUCAAAUUGGUGGAAAAUCUGAAUUUAUCACUUUGGGUUUAUUAUUUUGUCAAGUUUUGUUUGUAAGGCUCUGAUCUUCAGUCGUCUUGCAAGGAACUUUUUUGGCUAAGCAAAACUAAAUAUGAAUGAAAGUUUUAACAAAAAUAAAUGUAUCUGUAUUUAGAAUUUUUUUCAUGUUAAGGAAAUAAAAGCAAAAUCAUUUUCAAGAGAUAAAA